AAGUAACUGAGUUUAGUGGAAAUGUCGUUCACUAAGCCCAAAAAGAAGAUUCAUUCAAGGCGACGAAUGGAUGAGGAUGAAAGCGAUGAUGAUGAGAUACGUCGCAUCAAUGAUAUACGAGAGUUGCAGAGGUCACGUGAGAGGAAGAAUGGCCUCACUGAAAUAGAAUGUGCUGUUGGAAAAGAAAAGGCUGCUGCACUUGAAGACGGUAUACAAAUGGUUGGCGGAACGAUGGCCUUGACGGGCAAGCAAAAAGCACGCAUGGAAGCGGCUGGAAUAGAGGCUGGCAUUAGAGAGCAGUUCGAAAAAGAAACUAUGCUUCGAGAUGAACAUGAAGAGUUACGAAAGUUUAUUGACCAAGGCUUGCGACGAGAACGUGGUGAAACAAGCAGCGCUGCUGAGAAGCAAGAUACUCCGAUGGAUGAUUCGGACGUGCUGAUGAGGGCAGCAAUGAAAUUAAAAGGAUUCCGUAGUGAAGCAAGUAAUGAAUUGCUCUCUGAACAUAUGUUAGCUGGUAUACCUGAAGUGGAUCUCGGUAUCAACGCUCGUAUCUCGAAUAUCUUGGAAACAGAAAAGAAGAAAACCGAACUUCUGGAACAAGCGCUCGAAAGAGCUCGGACGGCUGCUAAAAAACCACAGAAAAGGGAAGAGGAGGAACCCGUUGUGAAGCGAUUUGCACUCUAACCGAAGUUUUGACAUGUUUGUACAUAUUCACUGUUGAGCUGAUGUUACUUGAGG